AUGUACUAUGCAUACAGGUACUACCAGGCAAGAAAGAGAAGAAGAGCACCGGAUCACGACCCAGAAGACGAGGAACUACGGAGGCUGGAACCUCCGGUACAUGACGCCGGCAACCCUGCAGGCACUGAAAACACCUCGUCGGAGACAGGCGCUGGGGAAAUCUCAAUCCAGGAGCUCCAGUUCGAUCGUUCCUGCAAGCUGGGCGAGGGUCAGUUCGGAGAGGUAUGGAAAGGCUACAUGGAGGUCGAGGAAAAAGUGAAAACUGUGGCCGUUAAAAUUUUGAAAGGAAAUACAAUGUUCAAAGAAAAAGAAGAUUUCAAAACUGAAAUGGAGACACUGAAAAAUGUACCGGCGCACAAAAAUAUUGUUCCUUUAAUAGCUACAUCCUCCAAAGAAGACCCUCUGUUUAUCGUGAUGGAGUACCAGACAAUGGGCAGCCUGCAGCGUGUUUUGCGGAAUGGUCGGGGAAACACCUACUACAGUAACACAUACGGCUGUAGCAAGUUUACAGCACAACAGCUCCUUACAUUUGCCUAUGAGGUAGCUUGUGGGAUGACACAUAUAGCGGAACUGGGGUACCUCCACCGAGACCUGGCAACCCGCAAUGUGCUCGUGGACGAACAUUUCACUUGUAAAAUAUCAGACUUCGGUUUGGCGCGAGAUGUCAGCCUGAUUCGAGAAUACGAGAGCCGGUCACAGUACCUGUGCAAAGGUUCGUUUAGUGAGUCCCCUCGUCUACUGCAUUAUCUUGCCAUAUCUCUGUCUGCCAACCCUUUGAACUGGAUUUAA